AUGAUAAGCUCAUUGGAUGUAGUACACGAAUUACUAACGACAAUAUAUUGGAAAAUAUUUUCAAGGAAAAGAAAUGAAAUUGUUAAAUAUGAUAUUUUAUUAUUUAUAGAUGAUUACUACUACUUUGAUGUUUUAAAUCAAGUAAGUAGAGAUAUAAAUGAACUAGAUAAUAAAUGCAAAAUAAUUGAAGAUGACAACUUUAAUGAAAUAUUUACAAACUUUUGUAAGGAUAGAAAUUAUAUUAUAAUUAAUAAAAUAUAUUCAAAUGAUAAUGAAAAGAGAAUAGAUUUUCUUCAUGAAAUAUGUUCAGAUUUGCUAUGUCUUAUAUAUGAGGAUAUCAAAAAUAAUAAAAACAAGAAUGAAACAAAAAGGAGAACUAUAUCAAAAUGUGUAAAUAAUAAAUGUAAAAAAAGUACAUGCUUAGAAGGAAUAAAUAAAAAUUUAAUAGAAAUAUCUAAUCUAAUUAAUUAUGUAAAUAAGUCAAAUAAUUAUAUAAAUAAAAAUGAUAUUAAAAAUAUUUUGGAUUUAAAAAAGAUGGUAUUUAAAAAUGAUGAUGUAAUAAUAACGAGUAAAAUAAAUAAAGAGAAGGAAAAUAUAUUAACACAAAUAUUAGAAAAAUAUAAUAAUGAAUAUGAAUUACGAUAUUAUUAUUUAUUUUUAAAUAAUAUGCUAACAAUACAAACAAUGUUUACUUCCCCUCUUGUUAAUAUAUAUUCGAAUGAGAUUAAAAAUAUAAUUAAAAAAAUAAUUGAAAUAAAAAAUGAUAUAUAUAUACCUAUAACUAUUUAUGAUAUUUUAUCGUUUCAAUAUGAGCAAAUUAUAUUUAAUAAAAGUUCAUAUGCUAAUUUAAUUACACCUGUAAAAAAAAUUAAAAUAGUAGACGAUGUUAUUGAAAGAGGAGGAAUACCUACAGAGUUUACUAAGAAGGAAAUUAUCAAAGACCUUGUCAACGCAAAUAUAGCACUAAAAGAAAAAUAUAGCAAAUCUAGAAAACAAAGCGAGACUGUUUUUUCCAAUAAAUAUAGAGUCAAUAAUUACUAUAAUUCACGACGCUAUUAA